AUGGACGCCAAGCCCGCUGCUCAGCAGCACCAGCAAGACGCCAACGACGAUUUCAAUUCUUCCGAGUACACGCACACCAAUCUCGAUCCUGCUGUCGAAACCAAUGACGUCUCAGAGACCACGCCGCAAAAUACAGUAGCAUCGGAAGCACCACCGUCCGAAGCGGCUGUCCAGGAUGCAAGCAGCCACACCGAAGCUAUGAAAGCUGUGAUGCAGUUGGCGCAAGCCGCGUCACAACAGCAAUACGAUCAGCAGCACAGCGACAGCAGCAAUGCCGUCAACGAUGAGCAUCACCAGCAUGCCAAUGUCGAGAAUUUGGACGUCCACAAUGACGCGCUACCCGUCGCCAACUCAGACGAAUCCUCCUCCCCCGAAAAGCGUGGUAGCAAGCGACGUUCUUCGUUGCAACCCACUUCUCCCACCUCGGGCCAUGCAAGGAGAGCUUCGAAGUCCGCCAGAAACCAAGACGAUCACGACGUUGCAACAGCAGCAGCAGCUGCUGCUGCUGCCGCGGCCGCUGCAGUGCAAGGCGAUCAACACAUCUCGUUCCCCGAGUCUUGGUCCAAUGGAGACCUGCGUCGUGAAUUUGAAAAGGUGUAUCAGCAGCAACUGGUGCAAGCGCAGGCGCAGGCCAACCUUGACAACACCUUGUCUGCCAAUGCCUCGACCUCUACCGCGGUAGCGCACGACGAAGCGUCGCCGAGCUCGACCUCGGGCGGUGCGACGUCGAGCUUUAAACCGACGCGUCAGCUGUCGACGUCGAAACGAGCGGCUCAGAACCGAGCGGCGCAACGCGCGUUCCGCGAACGUCGCGAAAAGUACGUCAAAGUGCUUGAAAGCAAAGCAAAGCGGCUCGAGACAGCGAUCCGCGUAGCCAUCGAGUGCAAACGUCGUUACGGCGAAGCGCUGCAGACCAUCGACGGAUUGAGGCACGACAACCAUACAUUGCGCGUGGCCUUAUCCGCGUUGAGCGGCUCCAGCGUCGAAGGCCAGCCUGCACCUCCGACCAAGGUUGAUGAGUUGCUGGCCACGUUGCCCAACAUCCCGGAGUUGACCACAGAGGAAGAGGAUAGAGUGUUGUCGGGCGGUGUCGACGGCACAGCUGCAGUCACUGGCGCGCAGAGUCUGGACAGCCUCAGCGCGGUCGCUGUGGCUGCGGCCGCGGCCGUCGGAGCGGACACGGCGUCGCUCAAACCCACCGAUGCAGCACAGUCUCAGCGAAUCCACGCCGACGUUCAGCAGGCUUGUCCGGCCAAGUCUGAAGGGCCGAGCAUCGCGCUUGCACAACUACCCACUCCUCCACAUCUUGCUUCUGCUCGCUCCACCAGCGUCGCGCCGACUGCAUCUGCAAGUACACAAUAA